AUGAUGAAGGGCAAGGCACCGAGCACGAUUUUAAAGAGGGCAAGAGCGUUGGUUUUGCUGCAAGACUUCUUGAACGACAAGAAUGUUUCUUUCCCGUGCUUGGAGAGUGAUGUUUAUGAUUUCUUGAAGACUCUUGAGCGAGACGGAGCCCCUCCGAGCCGCAUCUCUUCGAUCAUGGAGGUGCUGCAUGAUGCUCUUGAGAAGCAUGCCGACCAGUGGACACGGGUCUUCGCAGGUGCAUGCUUGGUUUGCUGCUACAGCAGGUGCCGGUGGAGCGAUGUCCAGCACACUGAGGCUGCAGAGCAAGCGACACAAGUUUUUGCAUGCGAUUUCGCCUGCCCUUGGAAUCAGACCCUUCGGGCAGCUAUGGAGGACUUGUCGGGAGGGAGCCCAACAGUCAGAGCCCUCGACACCGACGAGGCUACUUCGUGGAUGAGGCUGAUGUUGGGGCUCGGUGAUGAGAGCCUUCAGGUUUCCUCGAAGUCCAUGAAGGCCACCAUCAUUUCUUGGGCAGCCAAGCGCGGAGUCGAUCCUUUGACUCUUCAGAGACUUGGUUACCAUGCAGCGGGAGGUAUGGACUUGGUGUACAGCCGUGAUGCUCAGGCCCCUUUGCUGUUGGUGGUAGAGAAAGUGUUAAAGGAAGUCAGAGAAGGAAUUUUCCGUCCUGACGAGACACGGAGCGGGAGGCUUGUGUCUAUUGAUGCAAAGCCCCUGGCCGGCAGCUUUGUGCCGGGCCUGGGUGAGGCAUCAGUUGCUGAGGGCUCACCUGUGCACGAGCAUGUGCCCGCCGCGUGUAAAGUGGAGGUGGCCUCUGCUGAAGCCACAGAUGCUGCCAUCAUUUCCAUCAGUGACUCUGAGGCCAGUGAUUCCUUAGGGGAGUCAUCGGAGGAGUCUGAUGAGGACUUUGGGCAGCCCAUAGCUUUUGUGGCCCGGGGGCAAGUCAUCCCAGCUGGAUUCGAUUUGUGGAGACACAGUUCUUCACAG